AUGCUGUCUCUUCUGUUGAAAGCUGCCACCUUCCUGUUGAGGAAAGCCGAUGUUGACUUGGAAGAGGAUGAAUAUAAGGCAUCAGAUUGUACAGAAUACAAAAAUGUGCUUGGAGGUAUUGUGACCAGGUUUUGUGGUAAAUCUGGUUUAGUUGAUGACUCUAUCUAUUUCACAUUUGAUGAUGUGCUGGGAGGUGCUCCUUUGCAAGUUGGUCAGAAGGUGAACAUACUGGCCCAAAAGAGUACACCAUCUGGAGGUUGGAAAGCAGUCAAGGUAGAACUAGUAACCAGUCAGUGGGAUGAAAAUGACUCUUGUGCAGCCUUUUCAGAUCCUUCAGACCAACUGAGCUCUCACAAACUGAUAGGCAAGAUAUCUUCAUUUACCAGUGAAAAUGGCUACAUUAAUGAAACCAUUUAUUUUACCACGGCAGAUCUCUGUGAAGGUUUUCAGCCUUUCAAAGGUGACUGGGUUCAAGCACAAUAUUUCAUUGAACAGGCAACUUGGAAAAGUCAAGCUUUCAAUGUGAAACCACUUAGAUAUAAACGAGUAGAUAAAGUACCGAUAACUCGAAUGCUUCAUCAGAGUGGUGUUGUGGAUGACAACAUUUUCUUCACUCUCGCAUCUCUCCAGUUACCACUUGAUUAUGUUCCAAAAAAAGGUGAUGUGAUCAACACCGUGAUUGUGGAGAGUAGUCAAUCUGUUUACCAGUGGAGAUCUUUAUGUAUUGCACCUGUAGAGAAAGAGAGUUUUUCAGUGCCUUUAAUAAAGAACAGAAAUCUGGAACAAGUUGAUUUGGAGUUAUUCUCUGACAAAGGAGGACUGGAAGUUGCAAGGAAUUUUGACUUUGGUACCAUGAAGCAUGGAGAGAAAAAAGACUUGAUGGUGUGGAUUGAGAACAAAGGAAAAGAGACUCAGACCCUUCUACACUAUUCAGUGGCAGGAUGGGUAAGAGAAAAACAAUUCUUUUUCACAUCACUAGAAGUGGUUCCUUCUGCAUUAUCCUGCAAAAGCACAGCCACACAACAACAGAUCUUCUCCAGAAACAUUUCGAGCUGUGACACAACUAGAUCCCACUCAUUAUCUAAAGGCCUUGAGUCUGUUCUUUCCAGAACAACAGUUCAGCCUGAUUCUAGUACCCCCUGUACAGCAGCGGGUCACAUACAUGAACCAACACCUCAUGAGGAUCAAGAUUUGGAACACAUUUCACAAGAUAUUCGGGCUAAUCUGCCACCAGCUUCAAUGGGUAUGGGAAAUCAGACAAGCUGUCUGAAAGUUAAUGAUGCUGUUGAAAAGAUAAAACAGCAUGUCUGUACAGAUACAGAAAAUCAUGAAGCAUCACGGCGCAUACCUCCUGGAGGAAAAGUCUGCAUAAGCCUGACAUGUGAAGCAAAAAAUCCUGGCCGUGGCAAAGAUCUUCUCCUUCUUUAUUUUGACAACUUUGUGAUGGGUCGCUAUGUGGUGGUAGAUGUGAUCAGUGAUGAGGAAUCUCUUCUUGCACCAAGUUCGCAAUAUUAUCCCAUAAAACCCAGAUCCAUUCAAACAAAUCAAAAGGAGACAAAUGCUAAGAUCGUGUCUGUGCAAAAUCCUAAGAGGCUUACAAGAAGACAUGUACCGAACUUCCUAGCUCAGUAUCCUAUUCCUGAGCAAUUGAAGGAAUGCAUUGAUAAAGGUGGUGAUGUUCUCACAGUAGCGCCACAUCUCACUGACCCUUUGAGCGUGUUGAACUAUAAAGACCAUUUUUCAACUCUUCUGUGGCUGGAAGAAAUCAAAGUUGUGGCAGACAUGAGAGAGUUUGAUAUGAUGGCAGUGGUUUUGAGAAAGCAUGGAGACUUCCUCGUUCUAGAGGUGCCAGGGCUGGUUGAAGGAAGGCCAUCUGUAAUUAUUGGUGAUCAAAUAAUAUUGAAGAAUACUUAUUGCACAGAAACAACAGUGCAGUAUUUGGGCUUUGUAAUCGAGAUAUGUGAUGAUGAGCUCAUGAUGAAGUUUAAUCCAGCAUUUCAAAAGAACUAUGACGGGCAGCCUAUGGAUGUGGAGUUUACUUAUAACAGAGCCUUUGUCCGGAGAUGUCACUUUGCAGUGGAACAAGCUACAUACCUUGGUGAAGCAGUUUUAUUUCCAGAGAAGAUUGUGCCCAAAUCUCCACAGGCUGUCACCACGUGGAAUGACAUUGACAUGGUCUUAGGAAACCGAAGGAAAAAUAGCUGUAGGUCACAAGACAAGACCAAGAAUGAAAAGGAUAUGAGUACAGAGUUAAAUAAUUCCCAUACAAGUAAAGGGAGCUCGUGGCAAGAUACAAGAGACAAAGCUGGAAAGAAUGUGGGAGCUGAACCAUCUAACCAGAAAGUUGGCAGAUUUUACAAUUCACUGCUGAAUGACCAUCAAAAGUUUGCAGUCAAACAAAUUGUCCGUGGCGAGUGCAGACCAACACCAUACAUUGUGUUUGGGCCCCCUGGCACUGGGAAAACAGUCACCAUUCUUGAAGCUAUUUUGCAGAUUUACUUUACUUUGCCGCACAGUCGGAUUUUAGCUACUGCUCCAUCUAAUAGUGCUGCUGACCUGCUCUGUAUUCGGUUGCAUGAAAGUGGUCUGCUAAACCAAGGAGACAUGGUGCGAGUUAAUGCUACCUGGAGGCUUGAAAAGUACAUACCUGAAACUGUACAGUUGUACAGUAAAGAUGGAGAAGAUCUCUGGGAGGCAGCACGCUGCAGGAUAAUAAUAAGCACCUGUAGUUCAGCCGCAUUAUUCUAUCAAAUUGGAUUGAGGAAUGGCCACUUCACUCAUGUGUUUGUGGAUGAGGCUGGACAAGCAAGUGAACCUGAAUGUCUCAUCCCUCUUCUGUUGAUAUCUGGGAAAGAUGGACAGAUUGUGCUUGCCGGAGAUCCAAUGCAGCUGGGGCCGAUUCAAAAAUCUAAAAUUGCUAAAACAUAUGGUCUAUCCAUUUCUCUCUUAGAGAGACUAAUGACCAGGCCUUUAUAUUCUAGAAACGAUAUCUUGUGUGCAUCUGGAUCCUACAAUCCAUUUUUUGUGACAAAACUACUGAACAAUUAUCGCUCGCAUUCGUCUUUGCUUGACCUGCCCUCUAAACUCUUCUAUCAUGACGAACUGGUGAUGCGCGCUGAUCAGUCUACAGCCAGCAAGUUUUGUAAUUGGGAAAAGUUGCCCAAGAAAGGAUUUCCCAUCAUUUUUCAUGGAUUGAGGGGAAAUGAAAUGAGGGAAGGUAGCAAUCCAUCAUGGUUCAACCCUAAAGAAGCUAUUCAGGUUAUGCGUUAUUGUUGUUUGCUGGUUAAACUUUGCACUAGCCCAGUACAGCCCUCUGAUAUUGGGAUCAUAACCCCCUACCAAAAGCAGGUUCAAAAAAUUAGAGUCCUCCUUCGAACUGUUAACCUUACUGACAUAAAGGUUGGAUCUGUUGAAGAAUUUCAAGGCCAGGAGAAAAUGAUUAUUAUUUUAUCAACAGUACGUUCAAAUGAAGAAGAAAAUCUGUUUGAGGAUAAGCAUUACAGCUUAGGAUUUCUUUGCAACCCCAAAAGAUUUAAUGUGGCAAUCACCAGGGCUAAAGCAUUACUGAUCUUGGUUGGGAAUCCCCAUAUUCUUCUCCAGGAUGCAUGCUGGAGUGCACUUCUGGAAUACUGUGUUCUAAAUGAUGCAUAUGUCGGUUGUAAUCUCCCAAAUGUACUUUUAGCCCAGAGGGUGCCUUCAUCUAUUUCUGAGAUACCUGCUUAA